AUGAAGGUUUCCGGCAGCAUGGAACCUGCACUCCGGAGAUGCUAUGGAACGGACAAGGUCCGGAUAUUCAAGCCUCUCCUUCGCGCCUAUGCGCUCGGGUACCUGUCGUCCAUCACUCCAAAAUUGCUGUCUUAUGUACGCCAACUGCGCAAUAAGAACUGGACUGCGCAACAGAAACUUCAAGAGCUAGUUAAAGUCUUGACUGGUCCUUUUCGUUUAAGCAGUUUUCCAACAGCUUGUGCUUCCCUGGUCGGUGGCUCAACCCUACUACCAAUAGGAUUGUAUCGCCUGUGUGCAUUGAUCACAGCCGCGCUCUCCAAAGGUGACGUUCAGAUCUCACAAAAGCUCGACCGCUUAAUCAGAUUCGUCAUCACUUUUCUAUCUGGAUGGUUCAGUUUUCAACUGCUCAACAGAAACCGCAUUUGUCUACCAAUAGAAGAUGUCACAGCUAUCCGGAACUCUACAGAUCAGGAGCAAGACCCUGGUCAGGUUAUGGCCAAUCCGCUGGAGCAUCACCGCCCGGAGCUAGCAGGGAGGACAAUGGACCUCACCAUCUACAUGGUCACGAGAGCCGUUGAUGCGGUCGCGUGUGUUGCAUGGGGUCGCUGGUCCCGCCGCCGCCACGCCCAAAACCGAUGGACGACUGUCGAAUCCCUUGUCCCGGGUUUUGCUGACGCAGCUGGCUUUGCUAUGAGUGCCUCUGUAGUUAUGUGGGCAUGGUUUUAUCUCCCUGAAAGACUUCCCAAAACCUAUGAGAAGUGGAUCAGAGAAGCAGCUCAAGUCGAUUCACGAUUAAUUGAAGCUUUGCGUCGUGUUCGACGAGGCGUCUUCGUUUAUGGAAAGGAUACAGGCCAGGCACCUCUUCUUCAGUCAAUGUGUAAAGACUACAGUUGGCCAGAAGUGUGGGGAGACCCAGCAAAGGUGACUCCAAUCCCUUGCGAAAUGGUUCACAUGGGCUGUGGCCCCAGUUGUGAGAAACACGCCUUGUAUCGAUUUGCCAAAACCUUCAAAUUUGCCUGUGCAACCUAUAUACCCCUACAGAUUGUUUUCCGCCUGCGCAGGAUGAAAUCUGCAAUUGCCCUCCGUCGAGCCCUUUCUGAUACAGCACAAUCAUCUGCCUUCCUCGCAUCUUUUGUGAGCUUAUUCUAUUAUGGCGUUUGUCUCGCUCGGACACGACUUGGCCCCAAGAUCUUUGAUGCAAAGACCAUCACUCCGAUGAUGUGGGACUCCGGGCUCUGUGUCGGUGCGGGAUGUCUCAUGUGUGGCUGGAGUAUAUUGGUUGAAAAGGCGCGGAAGAGACAGGAGUUGGUGCUAUUUGUGGCACCCCGGGCUGCCGCCACGGUUUUGCCACGGUUGUAUGAUAAAAAGUAUCAAUACCGAGAGCGCGUUGCAUUUGCUAUUAGCGCUGCUAUUCUUAUGACUUGCCUCCGCGAACGACCUAGGAUGCGUUUUGGAACCAUGCUUUCACGAUUGAUCCCCUCGCUCGGGCGAUCUGCGCUGACGGGGACGAUCCCUCAGCGAUCAAUUUAUCUCCAAAAGAGCGUCUUCGAAGUAGAGCGGAGAUAUUUCUCGAGGAAUUUCUCGGUUCAUGAGCAACGCAAUUCGUCUGCAGCGCCGUUUAAUACCCCGGAAUCACAAAAACGCAAUACCUCUACAAUGUACUAUACCAUCAGUAUGAUUCUUGGAACAGUUGCCCUCGCAUAUGGAUCUGUCCCUCUUUACAAAAUGAUCUGCCAACAGACUGGUUGGGGCGGUCAGCCCAUCCUCACCCACAGAAUCGGCGACGGCGAUACCUCUGCACGUGUGACACCAGUGACAGAUUCUCGUCGUCUACGCAUCACAUUCAACGGCUCUGUAUCUGAUGUCCUCCCAUGGAAGUUCACUCCCCAGCAGCGCGAGGUCCGAGUGCUCCCCGGCGAGACAGCGCUGGCAUUCUAUACCGCAACGAAUAAGGGUCCGAAUGAUAUCAUUGGAGUUGCAACAUACAGUGUCACUCCAGGCCAGGUUGCACCGUACUUUAGCAAGAUUCAAUGCUUCUGCUUUGAGGAGCAGAAACUGAAUGCGGGAGAAUCGGUCGAUAUGCCUGUUUUCUUCUUCAUUGAUCCUGACUUUGCUACCGAUCCCAAUAUGCAGGGUAUUGAUACAAUCACCCUAUCAUAUACCUUUUUCAAAGCGAAAUACGAUGACAAUGGUGUUCUGACGCCAAUCGCAUCAUAA